UAGGAAGUAGUAAGGUACCCUUUAGAUUUUGGCGUUAUGGUUUGAAAAGAAAAACAAAAAAGAAAAAGAAGUUAAAGGGCAAAAAAAUCACAAGCAGACAAACAGAUUCUGGUUUUCUCCAAACCCCAAGAAAGACCAAAAGAAAAACAAAGGCAAACACCAAUACCGAUGCCCAAAAGCAUAUGUUUUUGAGGGACACACUCACCCACCCACACGAGUGGUUCUCGACUUGCAUGCAACUCCAUUUCCCUUUUAUCUAUGUAAUGUAUUAUUUGUUUAUUUAUUAUUUUCUUUUUAAAAAAAAGCAGAUAGAUCAAUCAGUCUUUAACUAAGGACCCCUCUCUCUCCCUCCCUCUCUCUCUCUCUCUCCAUCUUGCUAAUUUUUUUUAGAUAUAAAGAGAGAUAGAAACAGAGAAUCGUGUGGCUUCUUCUCUUCUCCUCUUUUUUCUGUUAUUGCUCUUUCUCUUUCUUUCUUUCUCGUUCUACGCUCAAACAACUUGAAUCUUUGAGCCCAUUCUGUUUCUUGGGUUAAAGAAAGCUUCCUGCUUUCUAUACCCUUUUUGUAAUGUUUAAUGUACUAAGCAUGCAAAUUACCCUCUUUCUUUUCUAAUCAGAAGAAACCCACUUCUGUUUUUCCUUCUUUGAUCUCAAAAUAUUGUCCUUUUUGUUUACUCUGCUUGCGAAGCAUUUUUGUAGACUGAUUUGGGUUUUGCAGGUUCUGGGUUCUUUCGUUUCCCUGUCUCUUCUUUUUGGUCAAAACAAUGAGUCUUGUACAACACCAGAGGAGUGAUAAUAAUAAUGGUUUCAAUGGGUAUCAAGAUAUAAACUUUUUGACUCCUGCUUCUACUUCUCAACUUUCUCUCUCCAACACAUUUGGUCUGGAAAACAAAAAUCCUCAAAUGGGUUUUCAGAUUUUGAGUCACUCUAUGGACCUAAAUGGGAAAUCAUGUACUACCGUUCAACAGGUAGCAGAAAGCAGGGGAACUAAGAGAACUAACGAAGAAAGUGAUGAGCUUUUUAUUGUUCAGAAGAAGAGUAAUUUGUCUUUGAGUUUAAGUGAAGAAGAGGAGCUGAAAAUCUCUGUUCCUGCUAAAACUGGCCACACAAAGCUUUGUGCCAGAGGCCAUUGGAGACCAGCUGAAGAUGCUAAGCUCAAAGAGCUUGUGGCCCAAUAUGGUCCUCAAAACUGGAAUUUGAUUGCUGAGAAUCUUGAAGGAAGAUCAGGAAAGAGCUGUAGAUUAAGGUGGUUUAACCAGCUGGAUCCAAGAAUCAACAGGAGGGCUUUCACUGAGGAAGAAGAAGAAAGACUCUUAGCUGCUCAUAGACUAUAUGGUAACAAAUGGGCAAUGAUUGCUAGACUAUUUCCUGGUAGGACUGACAAUGCAGUGAAGAAUCAUUGGCAUGUGAUCAUGGCAAGAAAACAUAGAGAACAGUCUAGCAUUUACAGGAGGAGGAAACCCACUUCAACUUCUUCUCAUCAAAUCCUCACACCAGAAAAAAGACUCGAUGUGGUCACUUUGCAAAACAAUAAUAAUAAUAAUAAUAAUAAUGCUUGCAGUGAAUCAACAACCAUUUCUAGUACCCUGGAUGAAUCAGCUGUCUCAACAUGCACUGAUCUCUCUCUCACUCCUUCUUCAGCCAAAGCACCGCCAAGACUUUUUACUAGGUUCAGUCCGCCCCAAGAAACACAUAAACACAUUAUGGAAAAAGAGGAGGUGGCAAUGAGAGAGAAUGGAGAAUUUAACAAGCUGUGCGGUGGCAAAGUGUUGUAUGAAAAUGGGUCCGUAGGAGUAAUUACAAUAGGGGUGGACCAAAGUGGUCAGUCAGAUUCAAACUCGGAAGUGUCUGCAACUGAGUCAGUUGGCACAAACAGAAUCAAUCCCUCUCUCUCAAGGUCAGGCUCAGCUGAUGACAAUGAAAAAUAUGGGAAUGAUAAAAUCAACGUGCCCUUUAUUGACUUCCUCGGGGUAGGAGCUACAUGAGAUGGAGUUGGUUUUCUGAUAUAAAUUUAGAGCAGUUGAUAACAAUGGAAGAGAAAGAAUGAAAGAAGAAAAAAAAGAAAGAAAGAGAAAAGCGGGGGUAUGGUAUGGGUAUGGAAACAAGAAAAUAUGAAGAAAGAAAUGGGUCUGGUCUCACCUCAAUACCUCAUCAUCAUCCUAAACACCAACAGCCUCAUUUGCUAUAAUGUAUAAUAUACACCAUAAGUUGCAACAUUAAAAUUAGGUUAAUGCAUAGGAGAGGCAGCACCAAAAAUAAGAAGCUUAAAAGAAAAGGAAAAAGACAAAAAAAAAAAAAAAAAAAAGAAAAUCACUUUCAUUGGAGUCAUAUGUUGCAAAAAGUUAAAGCAUGAGGGGCAAUGCAGACUAUCUUUGUGCUGUUUAAUGGUGUGAUGGGAAUUUGUAUGAGCAAAGAGAAAAAGAGGAGAGGGAAAGGCAAUGACAAAAAAUGGAUGUUUUUCUCAUAUUAUAUGUGAUUUUAUGACUACUACUACUCUGCCCGCCCA